GAAGCCAUCAUGGAUGGCACCGAGAUCGCGGUCUCCCCUCGGUCGCUGCACUCAGAGCUCAUGUGCCCCAUCUGCCUGGACAUGCUGAAGAAUACCAUGACCACCAAGGAGUGCCUCCACCGAUUCUGCUCCGACUGCAUUGUCACAGCCCUGCGGAGCGGGAACAAGGAGUGCCCUACCUGCCGCAAGAAACUGGUAUCCAAGCGGUCCCUGCGGCCAGACCCCAACUUCGAUGCCUUGAUCUCUAAGAUCUACCCCAGCCGGGAGGAAUAUGAGGCCCAUCAGGACCGUGUGCUCAUCCGUCUCAGCCGUCUGCACAACCAGCAGGCCCUGAGCUCCAGCAUCGAGGAGGGACUGCGCAUGCAGGCCAUGCACAGGGCCCAGCGUGUGAGGCGGCCGAUGCCCGGGUCAGAUCAGACCACCACGAUGAGUGGGGGGGAAGGAGAACCUGGGGAGGGAGAGGGGGAUGGAGAAGAUGUGAGCUCAGACUCCGCCCCUGACUCUGCCCCAGGCCCUGCUCCCAAGCGACCCCGGUUAGGUGGUGCCGGAAGCAGUGUAGGCACAGGGGGAGGUGGCACUGGUGGGGCAGGUGGGGGCGCCGGAUCUGAAGACUCUGGUGAUCGAGGUGGGACUCUGGGAGGAGGAACCCUGGGCCCUCCAAGCCCUCCGGGGGCUCCCAGUCCCCCGGAGCCAGGUGGAGAAAUCGAGCUUGUGUUCCGGCCCCACCCCCUGCUCGUGGAGAAGGGAGAAUACUGCCAGACUAGGUACGUGAAGACAACUGGGAACGCCACCGUGGACCAUCUCUCCAAGUACUUGGCCUUGCGUAUUGCCCUUGAGCGAAGGCAGCAGCAAGAGGCGGGAGAACCAGGAGGGCCUGGAGGGGGCGCCUCUGACUCCGCGGGACCUGACGGGGGUGGGGGCGAGGGUGGGGGGGCCGGAGGAGGCGACGGUCCUGAAGAGCCAGCUCUGCCUAGCCUGGAGGGCGUCAGUGAAAAGCAGUACACCAUCUACAUCGCACCUGGAGGGGGCGCGUUCACGACGCUGAACGGCUCACUGACCCUGGAGCUAGUGAACGAGAAGUUCUGGAAGGUGUCCCGGCCGCUGGAACUCUGCUAUGCUCCCACCAAGGAUCCAAAGUGACCCCAACCCCAGCAAGGGGACAGCCAGCGGAUGGGGACUACAGGGUGUCCCUGUGUCCUGGCCCACCACUCCAGCUUCUUAGUCCCCCAAACCCCCCGCAGCCCAGCCAGCCAGCAAAAGGACACAAAUGAGGACAAGUGACUUUUAUACAAAGCGUCUAUAUCAGAUUCUUCUAUAUUGUACAGAGUGGGGCACGUGCCCGCCUGCGGCCUUUUCCAUUACCCCACCACCCACCACGCCAGAUGUUGGGGAAGGUGAAGAACUGUCUUCGUGCCCUCCUGCCAACAAGAAUUUGCUUUUUUUCUUCUUUGAAA